AUGACUAUGGCGCUAAACCCAUUGCGGUCGGGUAUCCUAGGUGGGUCCCGAACUCGAGAUCUUCGAUUGCGACCAGAAGCGACGCGACGACAGAAGAGCCAAAGAAUCAACACCUACAUCUCAAAAGGGCACUAUCUCCGAAUCCCAUGGCCAGCAGCUGAGAUCCGCCAUGACGAUCGCAUCAUCCGUAUCGACAUGUCUCACUCCUCCCCGGAACCGUUCGUCGCAUCGCCGUCGUCUCCCAAUAAUUCCUUGAAGCAACAUUCCCGUUACACCUACCGUCAGCUACAGCUUCUCCGCCAGGGCUCGACCGCCUCUCCCCUUAGAGUUAUUGCGCACAUCGAUCUCGAUGCCUUCUAUGCACAAUGUGAGAUGGUGCGGCUCCAGACGCCGCGGGAGACACCCCUCGCCGUGCGGCAGUGGGAUUCCCUGAUCGCAAUCAAUUACCCGGCUCGGUCCUUUGGGAUCACGAGAAUGAUCUCUGCCAAAGAGGCGACAAAACUCUGUCCCGAUAUUGUUUUGCAACAUGUUGCAACUUUCCGAGAGGGUGAAGGCGGGAAAUGGGCUUAUAGGGAUGAUGCUUUCCGCAAAAUAAGCACGGAUAAAGUGUGUCUGGAUCCGUAUCGGGCAGAAUCUAGGAAGAUUCUAAAGGUGAUGAAGGACGAGUUGACCAGGUGGUACGAGGGAUUGGUUGAUGCUGAAACUGGGUUAGGACCCCAGGCUCAGAUCCAGCAAGCCGCACUCGAAAAAGCCAGUGUCGAUGAAGUCUUCGUUGACUUGUCACCAUUGGUUUAUGGUCUCUUGCUUCAGAGGUAUCCCGAACUGCGGACUGAAAUUCAGAGCGAUGACCGUGUCACGCGCUUGCCUCGGCCCCCGACAACCGCCUUGGAAUGGGAUCCUAAGGACGGUUUAAUAGAUUUGGAUCCGAAUGAGACAGAGUUCGACGAUCCAGAAUGGGACGAUAUUGCAAUGCUCCUAGGUGCUGAGUUGGUCCGAUCGCUACGGAAUGCUGUUUGGGAAAAGCUCAACUACACCUGCUCCGCAGGCGUUGCCAGAAACAAGAUGAUGGCGAAGCUAGGAAGUUCCACCCAUAAACCCAACAAGCAAACCAUUGUACGCAACCGUGCCGUCCAGAACUUUCUUGGCGGGUUCAAGUUUACCAAGAUUCGAAUGCUUGGUGGUAAGCUCGGGGACCAAGUUUCCGCUCAGUUUGGCACCGAGCAAGUAAGUGACUUGCUAGCCGUCCCCCUCGAGCAAUUUCGAGCCAAGCUGGAUGAUGAUACUGCUGCGUGGCUGUACAAUAUUAUUCGCGGGGAUGAUCGAAGCGAAGUCAAUCCACGAACGCAGAUCAAAUCCAUGUUAUCCGCGAAAUCAUUCAGGCCGAGUAUCAAUUCCGUCGAUCAGGCCGACAGGUGGUUGAGAAUUUUCGCGGCCGAUAUAUAUGGACGUCUCGUUGAAGACGGUGUGCUUGAGAAUAGACGCCGUCCGAAGACCAUUUCUUUGCACCACAGGCAAGGGCCACAGGUUUAUUCCCGCCAAAGUCCCAUCCCCGGCUCGUCUCCGAUGGACGAAGACCUUCUUUUCGAGCUUGCGAAGACACUGCUGCGACAGGUUGUUGUUGAUGGGCGGGCCUGGCCCUGUGCAAACCUGUCUUUGGGCGUUGGUAGCUUCGAAGACGGUGUUGCAAAGAACCAAGCGAUAGAGUCAUUUCUACUCCGCGGAGAACAGGCCAAGCGUGUCGGUCAUAGCAAAAGAGAAGCCGGUGCACCAGAUCUGCGCGAGUUUCAGCUAACGACUGAAAAGCGACGCAAAUUAGAUGACAACAACGGAAUACGGCGCUUCUUCGGUCAGCCUUCAGGGGCCGCCACGAAACCUCAUGCAGACGAGCAUGAAGAAACAGUAAUAGGACCGACCGGUGAAUCCCCAGGUACAUCUUCGUCUAUGCCACGGUCGCCACAGGUGGUACCUGGACUCUACACUUGUGACAAAUGCAACAAGCCUAUUCCCGAGGUUGAGAAGGAUGAACAUGAUGACUGGCACUUUGCUAAAGACCUGGAGAAUCAAGAAAGACAAGCAGCGAGGGACUCCAGUCAAGCACCUCACCCAUCGAGCAAUGCAGGACCGGCCAAUGCUCGGGGAAAGAAUAGCCGUAACACUCGCGAUAAACCGGAGAAGGGGCAAAUGCGACUUAGGUUUGGAUAG